AUGAUCGCCGAGUAUCGCCUAAUAUCGCGCAAUAUCGCGCAAUAUCGCGCAAUAUCGCGCAAUAUCGCGCAAUAUCGCGCAAUAUCGCGCAAUAUCGCGCAAUAUCGCGCACCCUCGCCCCGGCGGCGGCUUAAAAGGGUGGGCCCUGGGGCGCCUGCGGCUUAA